UAUCGCUGAAACCGGUAUUCUGGGUCACUUUCUGGUUUUUAUCUAGUAUUUUUCAUGGAGUGUGUUUUUGCCCUGUCUCACCUAGCCGCCAUCUUAGCUUCUCCUCUGAGGUUAUCUUUUUUAUGUAGUUGUUUUUUUGUUUAUCAUCUGGCUUUGCCUCACUGGAAAGUUGGGGCCUUGUCUGCUUUGUGCACCUCUGUAUUCAGAUACAUUGAGCCAGGCCUGGCACAUAAAAAGAGCUCAGUAAAUUAGUUGAAUUAAUAAUAGUAUUAUGUAGUAUGUAUGUUGUAUGAAUGAGCAAAGCUUUGUUUUAGGAAGCUUAGUCUAGCAGCAGUAUAUGAGAUGGAUUUGGAAGAUGUGACAGGAAGAAGAAAUACCACUUGGAAAUAUAUUAGGGUCUUUAAUUAGCAUGGUACAGAAACUGACUAACUUUAAUAGGAAAAAAAAAUUGAUUAUAAAGCUAUACAGUUGCUCUUAGGAUUUAAGGAGAAGCUAAAAAAUUGAGCUGGAAAGGGCAAAAGCCAAAGUAACUCAAGGAAUCUGUGUAACAGGCACUGGUGGGCUGCAUUGUCAGGCCACCACUGAGAUAAAUCAGCUCCACUCAUUUGCUGCCUUCAUUCUUCUCUGGGCGCCUAUUUCAGGGAGAAAGUAUCCAAGUGACUUGACGUUGGUUGUGUGCCUGCCCCUGAGCUAGGGGAGAGCAGUGCAUCCAACUUUAUUCAGUAGGACAAGGGAAGUUCUUCCAAAGCAAAAUCAAGGGGCCGCUACAAGAGGAGGAGGAAUGGCUGCUGGGUGGCCAGAAUAAACCAACAGAAGUCUUUGCCAGAGGCUGCGUGACAAACUCAAGUGCAGGUUGAGAGCCUGAACUAUGUUAUAGUAGAGGGAUUUGGCUAGAUGCGGCAGAGAACACACCUUAAAGCAAACUCACCCCUCUCUACAGAGACUGAAAAUGCAGUGAGAUGAAACACAAGGUAGUAGCAUUGCUACUCUGGAGGGAUUGGGUAAACUACUCCACCUUUGAAAUCCGAGAAAGUUUAGAUAAUUUCUGGAGAUUAUCUAAUGAGAUGAUGAUGAGACAUAAACUCAGAGCCAACUUCCCUUCACCAUCCAUAGUAAAAUCAAAUGGAUCCAAAUGGUCUAAAUCCAGAGAUGAGGCUUAGGGGAUGAACUCUGUGUGUGUGUGUGUGUGUGUGCGCGCGCACGUGCACGUGAAUGUUUCCUUGCAUUAGUCAAAUGUAGAUACUUUGGAUUUUGUUUAACAAGGUGUUUGCCUUGUGGUUUGCACAGUCCCCCCUUUUUCCAGUAUCAUGGCUAGAACUAUGUAAGCAGUCCCCAGCAUUCCAAAGUGUCGUGUGCCCACAGUUCAGUACUAGGUUAGUUCUUUGGAUAUCAAGACACAUUUUCCACUUCUGGUAGUAAGGGGUGUGUGGGCUUGUCUUGGAGCCAAUUUAUUUUAUAAUGUACCUCAGCUAUGAGACCAGCCUGCGUUUCAGUCUCUAAAGUUUGAACAUAGGUGAUGUUUCUUUGGCAUCUUCUCAUGACCCUUUCUUGGCCCCACCCUCAUGUCCUAGUGUCCUUUUACCCAAGUGCCUAGAUUGCUCAUGAUUGGGCCUAGCUUUCUGCUGCAGCUUCUAUCCCCAGGAUGCUCUGUGUUCCCAAAUUGCCUGGCUUUUCUCUAUCUCCUCAAAAAUUGUAACUCCCUGCAACUGCUCCAACACUAGGUAUAAAGAAGAAAGAAUUCACAUUGAAUUAAUGUAUAUAGUAUACGUAUUCUGCCCCCUUCCCAGCAUUUGGUACCUGUGGAUGGGGUCUAUUUGAGGGCAUGAUAUGAAAUAACUUUCCAGAACCCAGGUGUGAAGGGCUUUAUAGCCAUUCUAGGGAAUUGGUUCUUCAGGCCAGGGCAAGCCUUCAGGAAUUUUGAAGCCCUGGCAAGAUCAGAUGAGUGUUUCUGAGAAAUGUCUGUGGUAGAAAUGGGAAGAAUGGAACCUUUGCAACUUUGUAAUAGUUGAAUGAUGAGGCCCAAACCUUUCCUGAUGACCCCACUGUCACUUGCCCACCCUUCUACUCCCAGGCCAAAUUAAUUGUUUCCUGAAGUCAGGAUUCUCAUAGAGCUUUUUGUUUAAUUUUUCAUGUCUGUCUCUCCCACUGAAAUGUCUGCUACUGGAGGACGAGACACUGAUCUUAGCUUACUCAUCUCUGUAUCACCAGCACCUUUUGUGAGGUGUGACAUACAGCAAAAAGGAAGAGACGAAGGAAAUAAAAUGUGUACUUGCAGUGGGGGAAGUGCUGGAUAUACCAGAACGUGCAAGUGUAUUAUGUCUUUUGUCUUUCACAAAAAUCCCAUGUGGUAGGGAGUGUUAGCCCUACUUCCCAGGUAAGGGAGCCCACUCUACCAUGGUACACGCCUGACAGAGACAAGUAGACUGGUUUCGUAGACUUCUUCAUGGUGCUGUGCUGUCUUCCUUGAACUGUUAGUCAUAAAGAUUCUCUCCUUUUGAAAUUUCAGGAAACAACAUGAAAUAGCAUUCAGGCAGCGUUUGGGAAGACUUGGUGUGCACGGAUCCUAGUGAUAAACCUUUACAAUGGAGGGAUUACUGCAUUACAUAAAUCCAGCGCAUGCCAUUUCUCUCCUAAGUGCUCUAAAUGAGGAACGCCUCAAAGGACAGCUGUGUGAUGUGCUUCUGAUCGUGGGAGAUCAAAAGUUCCGAGCCCAUAAAAAUGUCUUGGCUGCCAGCAGUGAAUACUUCCAGAGUUUAUUCACAAAUAAGGAGAAUGAGUCACAAACUGUAUUUCAGCUUGACUUUUGUGAACCAGAUGCUUUUGAUAAUGUUUUAAACUACAUUUAUUCCUCAUCUUUAUUUGUGGAGAAAAGCGGCCUUGCUGCUGUGCAAGAACUUGGAUAUAGCCUUGGGAUUUCCUUUCUGACGAACAUUGUUUCUAAAACACCUCAAGCCCCCUUUCCAACAUGUCCCAAUAGAAGAAAAUUCUUCAUAGAAGAUGAUGAAAGCAGUUCUCAAAAGAGAAGUGUCAUCGUUUGUCAAAGUAGAAAUGAAGCACAAGGAAAAACUGUGAGUCAGAAUCAACUGGAACUAAGCCAUACUGCCAGGUCCUCACCUGGCACAGCCGCCAGGACCAGCACCAGUAAACCCCAUGCUCCAGAACCCAUUGAGCCACCUCACAAUUUGUCAUUAAGUGAAAAGAGUUGGCCAAAAGACGCUUCUGUGGGAUAUGCAAAGUCUCUUGAGCAUUCUGGAUCUUUGGAUGAUCCUAAUGGAAGCGAUUUGGUAAAAAGAAAUGCAGUCUUGCCAUCGAAGCCUCUACCAGACAGAGAAGCAGCUGUGGAUAAUAAGCCAGGUGUGAGUGGUCAGCUUCCAAAAGGAAAAGCCAUAGAGCUGGCUUUGAAGAAACCACGGCCACCUGUUUUGUCACUCCGCAGCUCAUCAGAGGCUCCCUAUCUAUUGAAAGAAACUAACAAAGGAAGUGGUCAAGGCAAGGAUAGGAACUUACUGUACUACUCAAAGUUAGGCUUGGUGAUCCCUUCCAGUGGGCCUGGGUCCGGAAACCAAAGCAUUGACAAGAGUGGGCCACUUGUCAAGAGUCUCCUCAGACGGUCACUGUCGAUGGACAGCCAGGUUCCCAUAUAUUCACCCUCACUGGACUUGAAGUCUUCCCAGGUAGCCUCUUCAGUAUUGAGUGAUGCUCCAGGGAAUGCAUUCUGUGCUUUAUCUCAAAAGUCAUCUUUAAAACCUUGUAGUGAAAACCCUACCCUGGAAGCCAGGACUCAGGCCCUACAGCCACACCGCCUUAGGUCCUUUAGCGCGUCUCAGUCAACAGACAGGGAGGGUGCCUCACCUGUCACAGAGGUGCGGAUAAAAACGGAGCCCAGCAGCCCUCUCUCAGACCCUUCUGACAUCAUCAGAGUCACCGUGGGUGAUGCAGCGGCUGCCACAGGAGCAGCGUCCUCGUCAUCAGCCACCAGGGACUUUGCUCUGAAAAGAGAGGACGACCAGAAGGAAAUGAGCAGGCUCCCAGCAAAGCGGAGGUUUCAGGCUGACCGAAGAUUGCCAUUUAAAAAGUUAAAGGUAAAUGAGCGCGGAUCUCCUGUAUCAGAAGAUAAUUUUGAGGAAGGCUCAAGCCCAGCUCUCCUCGAUGGAGAUUUUCCAGGUUCCGAAUUGAACAAAGAUGAAUUUGGUGAGUUGGAGGGAACAAGACCAAACAAAAAAUUUAAAUGUAAACAUUGCCUUAAGAUCUUCCGAUCAACUGCGGGUCUUCACCGUCACAUUAAUAUGUACCAUAACCCAGAAAAGCCCUAUGCCUGUGACAUCUGCCACAAGAGAUUCCACACCAACUUCAAAGUGUGGACACACUGUCAGACCCAGCAUGGCGUGGUGAAGAACCCAUCGCCAGCCUCUGGGUCCCAUGCUGUUUUGGAUGAAAAGUUCCAAAGAAAGCUGAUUGACAUAGUGAGAGAGCGAGAAAUUAAAAAGGCCCUGAUCAUUAAGUUAAGGCGUGGCAAGCCUGGUUUUCAGGGACAAGCUAGUUCCCAGGCACAACAAGUCAUCAAGAGGAACUUACGAUCGAGAGCCAAAGGAGCCUACAUUUGCAUUUAUUGUGGAAAAGCUUAUCGUUUUCUCUCCCAGUUUAAACAGCACAUAAAAAUGCACCCAGGGGAAAAGCCUCUUGGAGUAAAUAAAGUUCCUAAGCCCAAAGAACAUGCUCCUCUGGCAAGUCCAGUAGAAAACAAGGAGGUUUACCAGUGCCGCCUCUGUAACGCUAAGCUCUCUUCUCUUCUAGAACAAGGAAACCACGAGAGAUUAUGCAGAAAUGCAACCGUUUGUCCUUACUGCAGCCUCAGGUUUUUCUCGCCAGAGCUGAAGCACGCGCACGAGAGCAAAUGUGAGUAUAAGAAGCUGACCUGUCUUGAGUGUAUGCGCACCUUCAAGUCCUCUUUUAGCAUCUGGCGGCACCAAGUUGAAGUCCACAAUCAGAACACCAUGGCGCCCACCGAGAACUUCUCCUUACCUGUUCUUGACCACAAUGGGGAAGUGACGGGCACUUCGAGGCCCCAGCCUCAGUCUGAGCCUAAUAAAGUCAACCACGUCGUGGCAACAAAAGAUGAUAACGUGUUCAGCGACUCUUCAGAGCAAAUUAACUUUGAUUCAGAAGAUUCUUCCUGCCUCCCUGAAGACCUUAGUCUUUCUAAGCAGCUUAAAAUCCAAGUCAAAGAGGAGCCCGUGGAAGACGCUGAGGAAGAGGCACCCGAGACCAGCGCAGCCCCCAAAGAAACCAGCGCCAGUAAAGACGCCAGCCUGUGGCCCUGCGAGAAGUGUGGGAAGAUGUUCACGGUGCACAAGCAACUGGAGCGCCACCAGGAGCUCUUGUGUUCCGUGAAACCAUUCGUUUGUCAUGUUUGCAACAAAGCUUUCCGCACGAAUUUUCGGCUCUGGAGUCACUUCCAGUCUCAUAUGUCUCAGACCUCAGAGGAGUCGGGGCACACGGAACCAGACGCGUGCCCUGGACGGGCAAACUCUCCCUCCCCACCUCCGCUGCCGCCGCCGCCUCCACUGCCCAAGAUCCAGCCCUUAGAGCCCGACACACCAACUGGCUCGUCCGAAAACCCGACCCUGGCCACGGAGAAAUUGUUUGUACCCCAAGAAUCAGACACACUUUUUUACCAUGCCCCGCCCCUUUCAGCAAUCACAUUUAAAAGACAGUUUAUGUGUAAACUUUGUCAUAGGACAUUCAAGACGGCAUUUAGUCUUUGGAGUCAUGAACAAACCCACAAUUAAAAGACUGACACUUCUUCCCUAUUACGAAAUGGGAAAUGGUUUCCAGAAUUCAGCCUAAAUUGUGAAAUGCGUCAUAAGAAAUAUUUUUUAAAAAAGAAUAAUAAAGGUUGGAAAUUGUUAUGCUUGGAUUUAAAUUUGAGGUAAACUAAUAUUAAUUAGUAAUGUCCUUACUCAAUUUUAGAAAAACUUUAAAAAAUGUUGUAGCUCUGGACCUGAUAGUAACAGAAUUAUUUGAUUUUAUUAAUGUUGACAUUUAUUAAUCUUGGUUGUUUGCAUGGUUCUUCAUUCCGUGGUGUCAGUAUAAUGUUUUAAGUGGAGAUUUUGGUUUUUUUGGUUCUGUUUUUUUUUUGACAGUCUGAAAUUAGUGAAAUACCAUUAAAGUAUUUCUUUUGAUUAUAUCAAACACCUAAGUGAUAGUUAAAUCUUAGCCAUGUUCCUAAGUCCACAAUGUAUCAGGAAGAAGUGAAGUAGUCUGCAGUAUUGAUUUAGAUUUUAGAGUACUUUAGCAAUAAAAAAUGAUAAGCCUCAACUUUAAUAAGUUAUCCUGACACUUGAUAAAAAUAAAUAAUUGGUAUUUUGUGGUCACAUAGAACUUUUUUUGUAUGAAAAUUGUGAGAAACUUAAAUCAGCAAUAGUAAUACUUAGAUUUUUAUAAAAUAACAAACUUGUUCUCAGUCAUUUAAUACAGUUAAUAAGGUCAUAUUCAAAGGAAGACUUGGGAAAUGAAAAUAUGGUUUAUAGAAAGCCUCUAAAGUCAGUUUACAAUACCUGCAUUGUAAUAAAAUACUGCUGAGGUGUGUUAUAUGUUAGCCACAUCAUGGUUCUGAAUCCAGAGUAGCGUUUGAAAGACUGAUUGUUUGAGUUUCCUGAUUUAUGCUGUCACAAUUUGAAGAUCUGAAUGUGCUUGGGACAAAAAACAAAGAUAUAUAUGGCGAUAAUUUUGAAUUUAACAACGUUAGCUGAACAAAUAAGGUUGGAACAGUUAUUUAUGUAGGUUCUGAACACUCAGAGUAAGUACAGCAGCUCUUAAAACUGAGGUACCAUUUACUUCCAGAGACUUUCAAAGCCAGGAAGAAACCCCACACUGCCAUUUCUACUUGCUUUUCAUGAGCAGUGUAUACAAUAUACAGAUUCUCCUGCCUCUUUGUCUUUGGAGAAUGAUUUGUGUCCAUUUUGUAGUUAGGAGUUUUUUCCUCAUGAUACUAGUGGUGGUAAAAUGUCAGUAGUGAAGCCGUUCUGCUGCUUUAAGUUCACAGCUUAAUAUUCCACAAAUAUAUAUUCAAGGGUCCAAAAUUAGUAUUUGCCACUUACUUUGGUCUGUGGAGUUUAGGCCUCUUUUUUUCUAUUUUAUGUAAGUUGUCAUUAAAAGCCUUUCAGUAGGAGUUAUCCAAAGGUCAGUGGGUGUUGCAAAAGGGAGACAGUUUUAUUUCACUUAUCGAAGGGUGGCUUAGAUAGAUAAAAGUAGAAAUACUGUUAAAACCACAAAAUCCUUUUAAAUUAAAACUCAAAGUUUUUUGUUGUUUUUUUGUUUGUUCUGUUUUUUACAAGUUAUUCUUUCAGAGAAACAAAAAGUAACUCCCAUAACUAAGAAAUAAUUUUCUGAGUGCUUAAAUUUGUGUUCUGGCUGAACAGGACCCUGUUUCUGUUUGUCUCCGUACCCACAUGCCUCACCAGUGGCAGGGAAAGUCAUCUUAACUUUUAUUGAAACACAAGCAUUUUCAUGAGAUGCUAAUUGACUUUGUACAUUGUAGAAAUUACAUGUGAAAUUCUGCCUUUUAUUUCAUUUGAAAAAUGAUCAGAACCCCCCAAAUAUUUGAGUACAUCCUAUUUUGUUCUUACUUAAAACGGGUGGAGAACGGAAAGUAAAAUUAAGUUGCAGUUACUGAUUACUGCCAUGUCUAUGUUUUCUUGUGGCAAUCUAUGCAUUUUGAAGACAAAACUAAAGUGUGUGAUUUUAUAUGCAGUGUCAGGGUGGAUUACUGUUGAUUCGUUUCAUUCCCUCUGUAAUGUGGUAUUUCUUACUCUGAACCCCUUGGUAGCUGUCACUUCUUCAAAAGAAGACAGUUUCCCUGGGCGUGACCCCGUACAUGGCUGUCAGGGUGUCUGUAAUGAACCCAUGGUACGCUGUAUCUGGGCAGGCUAAAUUCAGAAUCCUAGGACUUGAACUUUUAUGCUACAUUUUUGAAGAUUUUUUAAUACUAUUAUUAAUCAGUAAAAAAUAUUUUUCAUCUAAGUAUAGACUCUAUGUGUCUUUAGAUUUUAAAAAUGACCAGUGUUUUUGUCUCGUUAGUCCACAUUUUUUGUCUAGGCAAGGAACAUAAGGUAUCAAAUAAAAUUUUGAACCAAAAACAUUUAUAAUGCAGUUCUGGUUUUUCUAUUACUUUUUACACCGUACCUUAAGAGCAUUAGGCUGAAAGAGUUUAUUUUGGUGGUCAGAAAAUAAAAUAUGCUUCCACUCAUGUAGCCAUUUAAAUAUUCAGAAGUAAAAUAAUGAAAGACAUGUUAAUUGCUGUAUUUAGUAAACAGCUUUUUAAAGAAUGUUUAUCUCAGCCAGUAGGGAAAUAUUUAGUGUAACACAAGUUGGUCUUUCAUUGUUGCAAUUCCUUACUUAGCAAGUAAAGAUAUUCUUGUGUUUUUUCUGAUUGUAAUUAAUUUUUGAAAAUGUAGAAAGCUCACUAUUCCUUGUAAGUAUUCUAAGUAUUCAGGAUGCCUGCUUUUUUUAUGCAGUUGUGGAAAGAAUGUAAAAUGCUUUAAUAUAUUCUUUGUUAAUCUGAGAACUUGGUAUUGAACCACUUCCUUGACGUGGGGUUAUGGGGACUAACAACACAAACAUGUAUGUUCUUAUCAGUGGCUCCAAGUAAGCAAUGGAGAUAACAAAUACCAUGCGUUUUUGCAUAGUAAAAAUAUUUCAAGAUUAAUAAAAAUAUUCACCUUUAGAACUAGUUAGAAUUAGUAGGCAUUUAUAAUUUUAUCAAUACGUACAACUAACAAUUCAACAGUGAUGUUGUUUGCAUCGUGGGGGCACAUGUGGUUCUUGGUUUGUUGUUUUGCGAUAUGUUGUUACAAGCCUUCUCUUUUUAAAAAUAUGCCCUAGCACUUAAUCAGUGAUCACUGAAUCCACACGUCGCACCAUUGGUGCUAAUGAGAGUAGAGGGAUUCGGACAAGAAUAAAAAGUGCCCUUUCAUGGAGACCUGAGGCAGCUACGUCAUCCAGACCAAGCAGGCAGUCAGGGUCCGGGUAAACGGCACUCGGACACCCUCGUAAGAAUAAACAUCCUAAGUCGGCCCUUCAUGUCUCUCAAAUUGAGCCUCUUUUGGUGUGUGUAUAUACAAUCAUAAUCUGGAACUUUAAGGGAUAAAAUUAUUUGAAUUUUCUUGCUACAAAAAAUAGAUGUCACUCAUAACAGGUUUCUUUAUAAAUUUGCAUUUACUUAACCAAUGUUGAAAUUUUUAUGAAUCAAUUUGUCAAUUUCUGGUAUUGAGUUUUUUUUGCAAUAUUUGUGAAAUGCAUUAUUGAUUUAAAUAAUGCUAAUAAGUAUUCUUUAAUAAGCACUCUUUAUCCUGAGCUACCAAACUUUUUAGGUUUUGAAAAUAGGGUUUUCUCUGUUGUGGCUUUAGCACUUUAAGAAAUCUAUUGUUUGCAUAAUUUUUAAUAUGUUCAUUUAGUGCUUCUAAGUGUUUUCUAGCUUAUGGUAUGCCAUGUGACAGGAGAAAACUAAGCAAUCCAUGCUUAGAUUUUGGAGGAGAAAGAAAUGAAUUAAUGUCAGGUUUUUGAAAAACAAAAAUCCUUUUAGAGAGAACCUUUUGGGAACCAAAGUAAAUCUUUAAUAAUUGUAAAUCUUUAAAUAAUUGAAUUCAGUGCUCUGUAGUCGUUUGUAAGUGCAGUCCAGAUUUUCCACAAGGUUACACUUGGUUAAUACUAAUUUUCAAAAAGUUUAGUUUCUUACUGACAUUAAUCCAAAACUAUUUCAAGGUUUUCAUUGAAUAAAUGUUUAUUGUUAAAAACAAAAGAGUAGUUUUAUAAUCGUGUAUAUUUUGUAGUCAUAUGUCUCAGUAGAAUAAAUCACUGUUCAAUUUUAUUUGGGAAUAAGAUUUUUGGACUGAAAAUUCUUAGUAAAAUAGGAUUUUUAUCUACUGUUAAUCCAUUGCUUAUUUGUAUCACAAUUCUGUUGUCUGUUUACUUUGCUUAAAUCUUGACUAAGAAUGAUUGGAGUCAAUAAAUUUGCACUGUACUUUGCUAUGAA